AACAUUAGCUGUAACCCAAUUCAGUGUCUGCACACUUCGGAGCGUGCAGACCGUCAGUUGUUGCUUUCUGUGACUCAUUUAUUUUUUUGCAUUAUUUCUUGGAAUCGGUCGCACUGUAUUUGACUACCAUCUGAACUGUUUUUGUGUUUAUAGUUAACUCUGAAAGUUAUGCAAAACUCCAUAGAAAUGUAAUUGGAUUAUUAGACACUUGAGCAGGAUCGUGCCUGAAGAUUUAUUUUAAAUUUUCGGGCUUCAAAGCGGCAGAAAGCCCACCAGUCCUGCAUUCAUAUGGAUGAUGGAGUCAUGUUUAGCCGGGAUGCCCAACAGGGUAGGACCAGUGGAGGUGGAAGACAUCAAGAGAGACCUGCUGAAUGAAUUUGCAGCUGUACCAGCACAGGACAGUUUUCAGUCAGAAACGGAGAACCUGCAGGUGUACCUGAGGGUUCGCCCGUUUACUGCAGCUGAAAACGACAACGGAGAGUCACAGGACUGUGUGACCAUGGAAGGCUCUGACACUGUGGUCCUCAAGGCUCCCCACAGCUGUCCGUCAAACCGUCAGAGUGAGAAGCCCCUCCAACAGAUGGUGCAGAGGUUCACCUUCACACAGGUGUUUGGUCCAGAGGCCAGUCAGAAGACAGUGUUUGAUGGUUCUGUUCGUGGUUUGGUCCGAGACGUUUUACAGGGAGGAAACUGUCUGGUUUUUACCUACGGAGUCACCAACGCUGGGAAAACCUUCACCUUCCUUGGUCCAGAACACGACUCGGGUCUACUGCCCAGGUCCCUGUCGGUCAUCUUUAACAGUGUGGAGGGCCGCCUGUACGGCCGCGGCGACCUGAAGCCUCAGCGCUGUCGAGACUUCAGCAGGCUGACUCCAGACCAGCAGGCGGCAGAGAACAGCAACAAGAAGAAUCUACUGAGGCUGUUCAAAGAGAGCGACAAGAGUCUGACGUCUGGAAGGUCGGCGUUCCUGGAAGGCUCAUCUGUCAGCAGCGUUAACAGCGUCUCUGAGGCCGACAGUUUCUGUCUGGACGUCUCCUCCAACGUUCGUUUCUCUGUUUGGGUCUCGUUCUGCGAGAUUUAUAACGACAACAUCCACGACCUGCUGGAACAGGUUCCCAAUGGACACAAGAGGACGGUGCUGCGUUUGUCUCAGGAUGUCAAAGGAAACUCCUUCAUCAAAGACCUGCGCUGGGUCCAGGUGAGCAGCUCUGAGGAGGCCUACAGAGUGAUGAAGAUUGGGAGGAGGAACCAGAGCUUCUCCUCCACCAGACUAAACCAUCUGUCCAGCAGGAGCCACAGCAUCUUCUCCAUCCGUAUCCUGCGGGUCGACGACGUGGGCGUUCCCAGAGUCCUUGGCGUCAGCGAGCUGGCUCUGUGCGACCUGGCCGGCUCAGAGCGCUGUUCUCGGACCAACAACACCGGAGAGAGGCUGAAGGAGGCCGGGAACAUCAACAGCUCUCUGCUGACGCUCGGCAAGUGCAUCAGCGCCAUGAGGCUCAACCAGAACGCCAAGUUCCAGCACCAUGUUCCCUUCAGGGAAUCCAAACUGACCCACUUCCUGCAGUUCUUCUUCUGUGGUGCCGGCCGCGUCUCCAUGGUGGUCAACAUCAACCAGAACUCAUCCUGCUUCGACGAGACACUCACCGUCCUCAAGUUCUCCGCCCUGGCGCAGAAGGUGUUGGUGCUGAACAGCAGACCUGCCAGCCUGGAUGACCAGGCCCCGCACAAGGCGGCCAUGGAGCUGUCAAUCAUCAUUGAUGAGGCGGACCAGCGCAGGAACAUGGCAGGGAGGGGCAGUAGGAGCUCGCUGGUUGCCUGGGAGACCAGGCUGGAGGAUGUGCAAGAGGAUGAGGAUGGAGAGGAGUGGGAGGAAGACGAAGAGGAGGAGGAGAGUCUGAUGGAGGGAACAGUUCUGGAGGCUGGAGGAGAAGAGGACCAGACGAUGGAGGAAGAGGAGCAGAACUCGGACCAGGAGGCGGCGCUGCGUUUGGUGCUGGAGGCUCAGAUCAGAGAAGAGGUCCACGAUGAGUUUAUGGAGCUUUUCAACAAGAUGAAGAAUGACUACAGCGAGCGUCUGGAGAAGGAGAGGGAGAUCCUGGAGGAGCGAGCUGAGAAGAGGCUGGAGAUCUUGCAGCGCCUCCUCAGUAAGAACAGAAAGGAGGAGCAGGACGCCAUGUUGGAUGGCAUCAUCAGCUCGAUGAGUGCAGACCUGAUGAAGAUCAGAGAGGAUGCUGAGAGCGUGCACGACUGUCUGUCUGCAGACGUACACGCUGCAGAGCUGGAGGCACUGCGGUUGGAGAAGCAGCGGUCACAUGACCAGCUGCAGGAAGCCAUGCAGAAGUUAUCUGAGCUGACGGAGGUCUGCCAUCGGAAGGACGAGGUCAUCGAUAGACUGCAGCAGGCCGCGGAAAACACCACCCGAGACGGAAACGCACCUGCUCUGGAGGAGGAGGAAAGCCGGAAACGCCACUGUGAUGCUGCUGAAGACAAAGAGGAGAGAGGAGAACCAGCCAAGAAGAGAGAGGUUCUGGAAGAGGAGAUCUGGAGACUGCUGGAGGAAAACGACCAGAAGGAGGAGACCAUAAAUGAGUUGAGAGAGAGGGAGGAGAGGAGGAGGAGGAGCCUGGAGGAGGAGCUGGAGAAGGAGAAGACCAGGCUGGAGGAGAAACUCCGGAAAAGGGAGGAGCAGCUGGAGAAGGAGAAGUUGAGGCUGGAGGAGGAGCUGAGAAGACGAGGGGAGGAGGUGGAGGAGCUUAAGAAGGAGCAGGAGUUCCUGGAGCAGAAGGUCCAGAUGCUGUCAGGUCUGGACGAGUGUCCAAACUGCGACUCGGUGUUUUCAUCUCUGGAGAUGGAGCAGAAGGAAACGUCCAAGCUGCAAAAGGAGAACAAAGCUCUGGUUAACGGCAUCUUCCAGCUGCAGACAGAGGUGACCGCUCUGCAAAUGGAGCUCCGACAGCAGACUGACAGAUCCCACAGCCUAUCAGAUCAGUUCAAUACAGCAAAGUCCCGCCUCCAGGACCUGGAAAACCAAUCAGAGGAGAAGAACAGCUCCCUCAACAGUCUGACGCAGGAAGUGGAGCGUCUGAGGCAGGAAGUGAAGGAGGAGAAGGGCAGGAGCAGCAGCAGCGUUUUCCACGCCACCAUGGAGGAAUUGAAGAAGGAGACCGAAGCAGCACUCCAGAGAUCCGCUCAGAAGUCCCGACAGAUCCAAGAGCUGCAGAGAGACAAGAGGAAGCUGGAGGAAGCGCUGGCUCACAGGUGUGAGCAGCUCAGAGAGGAACUGGCCAAUCAGAGAACAGAAUUCAGAUGUCAGCUACGGACUCUGGAGGCGGAGCUUGAGUCAGAGGGUGGAGCUCUACGAGGGAGGCUGGAAGAGAUGGCGAGAUCAGAAGAAGAGAGGAGGAGACGGCUGGAGAGAGAGGUAUCAGAACUGCGAGGAAUCAUGUUGGAGAAGGACAGACUCCUGGAGGACAGUCGUCAGACCUCAGAGAGUCUGAGACAAGAGCUGCAGCAGAGAAGGGUGGAGGAGGAGAAGGAGAACAAGGUGGUGGAGGAGCCGAAGGAGGCGCUGCAGAAGCUGAGGGAGAGGAGGCUGCAGGGGAAAGAGGAAGAGGAGAGGAGCAGGGAGUUCCAGGCAGUGAAGAGAGACAUGGAGAGACUACGGAAGGAUGUUCCUGCUUCUGUUCUGAGGUCCAACAUGGCCGACAGGAGGAAAACCCCAAGAACUACCGGAAGGAAGAGGAAGAGCUGCGAGGUGGAGGACCUGGUGUCCAGUGAGAACAAGAGAAACAGAGUGAGAGGAAACGCUCACCUCAACAGACAGGAGAAGAUGGACGGAGCUCUGCAGGAGAUCGGAGAGUUGAUCCACAGCUCGCCCUCCAUUCGCGGCUCUAAAGCUAAAACCAUCAUGGGUCUGGCCAGCGGACACUCAGCAGAGAAGCAGACGGUCGCCAAGGCAACCAAACCCAGACGAGGACGCAAGAAGCUUUUCAAGUCGGGCGUCUCGUCGCCGCUGCUGGAGUCCCCGCACACGAUGUUCGGAGGCUCAGAAGAAGAGAAGGAGAGCGAUCACCUGAUCAUCAGGAGGCAGCUGCGAUCUAAAAGCUGCAGGAAGUGACAUCACUGCCCUGGUGGAGCCGCCGGGACUCGGACAGAUUUAUAUGUACAGUUUUUAUUUGUUUCAGGGAUCAAUAAAAAGCAACCAAUGAUGCAA